AUGGCUGACCACGACAUCAAUGACACACGCCCUGAGCCGCGGGACCUCUCGCACCAUCUGAGCCGCUGCACGGCCAGUCGUGCUCCCUCGGCGAUCAAGGCGUUUUACAAAUACUUCAAGAUCCCAGGCGUCGUCCAACUCGCCGGCGGCCUGCCCAAUGACCGCUACUUCCCAUUCGACAAUCUUUCCGCCAAUGUCGCUCGGCCGGAUCGCUGGUCAGCCUCUUUGAGCGGCGAUGGCAUUGCUACGACAAGAUCCACGACCGCUUCGAGGAAGCAGCAACCGCCCGAUACCAUCGUCGUACCUCACACCACUCCCGAGAGCAAUCCGCUGCUCAAGAUCGACCUCGCAUCCGCAUUGCAAUAUGGCACCGCGGAAGGGUAUCCACCGUUGUACGCGUUCCUCCGGACCUUCACCCAGCAGUAUCUACAUCCGAAUUGUCCCUACAAAGGUGGUCCUGAGAUCGUCUUAUCCUGUGGCAACACCGAUGGCUUCUCCAAGGUUUUGUUGGCGCUCAGUGACGAGUGGCGUCUCGGUCUCGAUGACCCGAGGGAGCGUGAAGGCAUUCUGUGCGAGGAAUUCGCAUACAUGAAUGCGAUUCAAACGGCGACGGCGAGAGGAUUGAACGUCGUCCCCGUUGCGUUGGACGAGGAAGGGCUCAGAGUCAAGGGUGAAGGUGGACUGAGAGACGUCUUGGAGAAAUGGGAUUGGAGGAAGGGUAAGCGGCCGCAUCUGAUCUACCUCGUCACCGUCGGUCAGAACCCCACUUCCGGCAUCCUCUCCCUCGAACGGCGAAAAGAUCUCAUCCAAGUCUGCAACGAAUACGACAUCAUCGUCAUCGAAGACGAGCCCUACUACUACCUCCAGUUCCCUCUGCCAUCCGACUCCACCGCUAAUGUCGGUGACGAGCAGGCACCGCCGUUCCUCUCCACCCUCGUGCCGAGCUGCAUCUCGCUCGACACCCAAGGCCGGGUCAUCCGGCUGGACAGCUUCAGCAAGACCGUCGCGCCCGGCUGCCGGCUGGGGUGGAUCACCGCGCAGGCGGCGCUGAUCGAGCGGCUCGCGCGCAUCACCGAGACCACGACGCAGCAGCCCUCGGGCUUCGUGCAGAGCCUGGUCGCGGAAUUGCUCGUGGGACAAGCCAAAGCGCCGCAGGAUCCGCCGGGCAGCAUCGGGGCCGCGCGCGAGCGAGGCGGCGCCCAGGAACCCCCGGCGUGGUCCCACGCGGGCUGGAUCCGCUGGCUCGCGGGCCUGCGCGCGCAGUAUCAGACGCGCAUGGAGGUGCAAACGGGCGUGCUCGCCGCCGGGCGCGAGCUGGUCGCCUUCUCGCGCGACGACGACGACGAUGAGGGAUGGUCCCACAUCGGCAAGACACCCAUCUACUCCUUCGUCCGCCCCGCGGGCGGGAUGUUCGUCUGGCUGCGGUUCCACUUCGAGACGCACCCGCUCUGGCCGCAAUACUCCUCCUCCUCCUCCUCACCCCGAUCGACAUCGUCGCCAGCGACAUCCCCCGUCGGCCCCGCCCGGAUCUCCCACGCGCUCUGGCUCUUCUGGACGACGCCGCGGUACAGGAUCCUGGUGGCGCCGGGCGGGAUGUUCGCGGUCGACGCGACGACGGGCCCCGGCGGGUCCAGCGCCGCCGGAGAGGGGAGCUGGCGGUUUUUCCGCCUCACCUUCGCGUCGGCGCCGCGGGGCGUCCUGGCCGCCGCGACGCAGCGCCUGGUCGACGGCGCGCGGGACUUCUGGGCCAUCACGGACCCGCGCGUCGUGGAGCGGUUGGUGGAGGACGAUGAGCGGAGCCCCGAGGGUCUCCCCCGUCGGCGGGGCGCGGGGCGGCAUGUCGAUGGGGAUGGGGAUGGAGGGGUGCCGUGGGUGGACCUCGGGAGGGUGCAGGGCGGCGGAGGCGGGGACUGUUGA